AUGUAUACAUAUGUUGUUAUUAGAAACCAAAUAUUUAAAAGUAUUAAACGGUUACAUGAUAGUCUAGCUGUCUAUAGUUAUAGUUGGUCAGAGAUGAUCAAUGCUCAACCAGAUCUACUUAUUCAAUACAACUAUGAACAUGAAUUUGUAAAUCACUAUAUGCAAUCGGAGCAACCCAAGAAUCUGGUGAGAUUAGUCACUUCAGCUGUUCGAUCGAAUCGACUUUCCAUUGUCCAAUAUCUCAUUGAGCAAAAAGAUGCAAUUGCCAAUACUGAUAGUCGCUCGAAUUACUCUGUUAUGAGUUGGUUGUCGAUUGCCGCCAAAAGAGGAUAUUAUGAUAUGGUCAUCUAUAUUUUGAAGACAGUUACAAACACUCUGCCUAACAUUGCCGAUGCUCUGGUGGAAGCUUCAGAAGGUGGUCAUCUCCAACUGGUCAAAUAUCUAUCGGAUCUCGUCAGUUUGGACUACGAAUUCAACAGAUCACCUGCCGAUGCCGCAGCUAAAGGUGGUCAUAUUGAAACACUAGAAUGGUUGAUCGUAAAUAGAAAACCAGCCAUUGUAAAUAGUUUGGUUGAUAACGCACUGGAGGGUCAAAAGAUGAAUGUUAUCCACUGGCUUGACGCCAACGGUUACAUUGAUUAUCAAAAUCAAACAAUCGAAAUGGACAAGUUUAAAUACUCUAUGAAUCAUGAAACAAUGAAUUGGCUUCUCAAUUCAAAGUGUAAAAUACACUUAACGAAUUUAGCGCUUCAAACAUUUAGCAGCAGAGGAUUCAUUGAGAUCUUGGAAUGGGCUAAAACAAACUCACCCUCGACAAGUAUGGCUGGAUGUUUUAUCAGUGCAUUCAAAGCCUAUCAAUUCGAAGUAGUAAAGUGGUUGCACGCAAACAGCACAGUUCAAUCGAGCACGAUCUACCUCCAUUUGCCAAAAGUACAAGAUGAUACGUUACCAAUGGAGAUGGUAAAGUGGUUCCAUGCCAAUAGAACGGAAUUAAUAGGAGCUGAAGCAAUGGAUAGUGCUGCUUGUUUCUCUCUUGACAUUGUCAAAUUUUUACAUCAGAAUCGAACUGAAGGUUGCACCAGACGAGCAAUGACCUAUGCUGGAAAGGAAAGACAGUUUGAAAUAUUUAGAUUCUUACACGAAAACAGAACAGAGGGAAUGAGUUGGUCGGCAUUCCAUCAUGUAAUCGGACAUACCACUUUGGAGAUCGUUAAAUUCAUACACGAGAAUAGACCCAAUGAGAACUGGAGUGCUAGAUGUAUCGACAAUGCAUGUAAAUAUGGAAGGUUGGAGGUUAUUCAAUUCCUCCACCAAAAUAGAUUCGAGCGAUGCACACCUCAGGCAAUUAGAAACGCAAUCUAUUUCCAACAUAGAGAUAUCGAGAAUUACCUCAUUCAAAAUAAUCUAUGUGAAGCUGUAGAUCACAAAGGUAUAGAGUCUGAUGGUGAAAAUUCUAAUGGAGAGUUCGAAGACACAGAAGAAAGCUUUGAUUAA